AUGGCGGUUGCAGGGAUCGGUUGGUGUAUUGGAAUGGAUCUUGGUUGCUUAAUGUUGACAAAGUCGAGCCGGUCACCAAGACAUUUUUUUUACGAUGGAACCCAGUUGCGUUAUAGUGACGCAUGGCCAGCUGAGGAAACCAGCCAGCGAACCAAUGCGGGAACCAGUGACCCAACCAACCAGGGAACCAAUGCCGAAACUGACGUGGAAACCGACUGGGGAACCGACGAAGAAACCGGCGAGGGAAACAAUGAGAAAACUGAUAAGGAAACCGAAAAGGGAACCAAUGAGGGAACCAAAGAGAAAACCGGCAAGGGAACCAAAGAGGAAACCAACGAAGGGACCGGCGAGGGAAACAACGGGGAAACCGUUGAGGGAACCGGCAAGGAAACUAUUAAGAGAACCAAUGAGGAAACCGGCGAGGGAACUGUCUAG